GGAGGUGGACCAAGGACUCGUAAACAACUUUUUAACUAUUAUCAUUCAUCUCUACGCAAUGUUAUCGAGCGUUGUUUUGGAGUUUUGAAGGCUAGAUUUCCCAUUUUGAAGCAUAUGCCUCCUUUCGCUCUCAAGAAACAAGCACACAUUGUUCUUGCAUGUUGUGUUAUACAUAACUUUAUUAGGAUCCACUCUGGUGACGACACUCUGUUUGAAGGUGCUCAAAAUUAUUGCACGGGGGAGAAUGCCAAUGGAGUGCAAGAAGGACAAGAACGAGAAGCAUAUAAUCAUAGUUCAAGCCAAACUCGAGCGAUGGAUGCACGACGAGAUGGAAUAGCAAACAACUAACAGAAAUAGAAUGGCA